AUGUCUCCAGACAUUGCCGAAUGUGCUCUGCCGGGCAAAACCACUGCCUUAGACAGCGGACACUUCCCUCCCCCCACUAGACAUCUCACUGGGCAUAAAGUCCUGCUGGACAGACCUCUCGAAUUCCCUCUCCAAUCCAUUCCUUCUGCUCUGUCGCGGUGUUCCUGGUCUCCUGAGGAAGUGCACAGGGGCGUCCCUAAGGUUUGGAUGGAACCAGGAAGGGUCACACCAGAGCAGGAAAGCGCCAAGGCUGAAGCUGCGGUGGCUUGGGGUGGCCAGGGGCACCGCUCUGUCCGAGAAGCCCCAGCUCUGGAACUUGGCAGAGCACCCGGGGCCAGGCCUGACCUAGGAGGAACUGGGCAGGACCGGGCUCAGGUCAAGGCGGUAGCACUAGGCGUCACCCACCGAGGAACAGCGCUGUGCCCCGGGCCCACAGAGGGAGCUUCGACUAGGACGGAGGCGGCGCACAGGCUGUCAGGGAAGAGGACAAGAGGCCGCCUGGACCGUCAGGUCUGGAGCCCCGGGGAGUCAGGCCUGGCGAUGCAGUUUGGAUAUGUUCCUACCCAGAGAGACCCCAAGGCCAAGAGCCUGGAUGAGGUCUCUGAGGACAGAGGGUGGACCCAGAUCUGCACUGCAAUCUUCGUCGGGCUCCUGUUCACAAGAUUCUGGCUCAUCAGUAUCCUCUAUACAUUCUGGUGGUACCUGGAACGAGACAGGCCACGCCAGGGGGGCAGGAGUUUAGAUUCCACAAGGCACUGGCACAUGUGGAAGUACAUGAGGGACUACUUUCCCAUCUUGCUGGUCAAGACCGCUGAGCUGGACCCCUCCCGGAACUACCUUGCUGGCUUCCACCCCCACGGCAUCCUGGCGACUGGAGCUUUUACCAACCUGUGCACCGAGAGCACAGGCUUCUCCUCCCUCUUCCCCGGCAUCCGCCCCAAUUUAAUGACUCUGAACUUGUUUUUUCGGGUCCCCUUCCUCAGGGAUUACAGCAUGUCUGGGGGGCUGGUCUCAGCGGACAAGGAGAGCGGGGAUCACAUCCUGAGCAGGAAAACAGGUGGCAACCUGCUGUGCAUCACUACAGGUGGCGCCCAGGAGGCACUGAACGCCAGGCCUGGAAGCUACAAGCUGGUGCUUCGCAACCGCAAGGGCUUCAUCAGGCUCGCCCUGCGGCACGGGGCGGCUCUGGUGCCAAUCUUCUCCUUUGGGGAGAAUGACAUAUUUGACCAGGUAGAGAACUCACCUGGCUCCUGGCUGCGCUGGGGCCAGGACCGGCUACAGAGGAUCAUGGGGAUCUCCCUCCCGCUCUUCCAUGGCCGCGGUGUCUUCCAGCACAGCUUUGGUUUUCUGCCCUACCGCCGGCCCAUCACCACCGUGGUGGGGACGCCCAUCGAGGUGCAGAAGACACCGAAUCCCUCGCAGGAGGAGGUGGACGGGCUGCACCAGCGCUACCUGAAGGAGCUGUCCAGGCUCUUUGAAGCCCACAAGCUCAAGUACAACGUCCCCAGCGACCAACACUUGGAGUUCUGCUGAGCGCCCGGGGGAGGCACCCAGCCCUCCUCAGCACUGGCAUUAGGGAGCCCAGAGGGAGGAGCCGUGGUCCCAGGAGGCUUCCUGGAGGAGGUGUCUGCUGAACCCAUCCCCAGAGCCUUCACGGACUGCGGUGCUGAUUUCCAGCCCAAGGCCGUCCCCGAGUCCCAGCUGGCAGCGUGCCAGAGGAGGGCAUCGGUCACUUGCCCUCCUGCUGUGAGUCUGGAGCAUGAAGCCCACACCCUGCUCUGCCCACGUGAGAAAUGGGAGAGAUGCCGGGAGAGAAUGGUGUCUGGGGUCUCUGUCCUCUGUGGUCCUGUCACUCGGUGGGCAGGAAAAAGAGCAGCUCCAAUGACCAGGUUUGUCUUCCGGCCCAGCCCCGUGCAGCACCUGCAUUCUCUCCCCAAAUAAAAGCC